UCGGGGGAGCUGUGGGCCGCGGCGCCCUGCCCAGCCCCGGCCCUGCCCACGUUGCCCCGAGGUUGAAAUGCACAAGUCAAGGCUCUCUCCUCGGGAAGCAGAUUGCCUUGUAGCCCUUUUCCCCUCACGCCUCCUCGGUGGCGAGCGGAGAGCCUCGGGGGCUAGCGGCUAACCGGGAGCCCGGCUGCGGGCACAGGUCUCCGUGCGGGAUUUAGGGCAGCCCCGGAGGUGUCCCGCUCGGAGGAAUGGAACCUGCCUUCGGGGAAGUGAACCAGCUCGGGGGGGUGUUCGUCAACGGGAGACCCCUGCCCAAUGCCAUCAGGCUGCGGAUUGUGGAACUGGCGCAACUGGGGAUCAGGCCGUGCGACAUCAGCCGGCAGCUCCGCGUUUCCCACGGCUGUGUCAGCAAAAUCCUGGCUCGCUACAACGAGACCGGCUCCAUCCUCCCGGGGGCUAUCGGAGGCAGCAAGCCUCGGGUCACCACCCCCACGGUGGUAAAACAUAUCCGGACCUACAAACAAAGGGAUCCGGGCAUCUUCGCCUGGGAGAUCCGGGAUCGCCUGCUGGCCGACGGCGUGUGCGACAAGUACAACGUGCCGUCGGUCAGCUCCAUCAGCCGCAUCCUCCGGAACAAAAUCGGGAACCUGUCUCAGCAGAGUCACUACGAGUCCUACAAGCAGCACCAGCCGCCCCCCCAGCCCGCUCUGCCCUACAACCACAUCUACUCCUACCCCAGCCCCAUCGCCGCUGCGGGAGCCAAGGUGCCCACCCCUCCCGGGGUGCCAGCCAUCCCGAGCACCAUGGCCAUGCCCAGGACGUGGCCGUCCUCCCACUCGGUGACGGACAUCCUGGGGAUCCGCUCCAUCACAGACCAAGCAGUGAGCGACACUUCGCCUUACCCCAGCCCCAAGGUGGAGGAAUGGAGCAGCCUGGGCCGAAACAGCUUCCCCCCCGCGGCCCAGCACGCCGUCAACGGGCUGGAGAAGAGCUCCCUGGAGCAGGAGGCCAAGUACAGCCAGGUGAUCUGGAUGGCACCCCAUUCGAACCCCAUUUGUGAGACCUGCCUCUUACUGGCCACCUGCUUCCACGGCCAAAACACAGUGCCCUGCCCACCAACCCACAUGGCUUCAGGGCACUCCACCCGGAUGAAACUAAUAAAGAAAGUCAGAGAGGCACCCAAUGGCCUCCCAGCCGUCAGCAGUUUUGUGUCAGCUCCGGCCAUGCCUCCCUACGCCACACCAGCCCAAGUGUCACCUUACAUGACGUACAGCGCCGCUCCGUCCGGCUACAUGGCCAGCCACGGCUGGCAGCACGCUGGAGGCACCCCGCUGUCCCCUCACAGCUGCGACAUCCCCGCCUCGCUGGCAUUCAAGGGCAUGCAGACGGCCAGGGAGGGCAGCCACUCGGUCACGGCCUCCGCUCUCUGAUGUAGGAGCUGGUCUAAGACCACCAUGAGCCCGAUGGCUAGUCGUCUCCUGAGCCUGGCUCACGGACUGCUCUCUUCACGCCAGCGGUACCUGGCAUUUCUCCUUGUGACUUGUCUGCCGUUAAGGCUUUUGGGAUUGAAAGAGCUGAAGACAACAUCAGAAACUUGAGAGAAGUGUGGUGUUGCGCUCUUUAAGUAGAGACCUUGCGUCCCUCAAAGGGCUCGUGGAACCUUGUCCCACUCUCUCCUGGUCAAACCACACGUAUUUAUUCUUGAUCAUCACAGACUUUCUAAAUGUGCAAUUGUUAUUAAGAUUCGUGUAAAAAUCAAUAAAGAAAAAUCACCACAGAAAAUUCUGCUAUGCCUUGAAUCAGCAAAGGCGGCUCAAUGGGAGGUGUUUGCCAAUUGCCUAGAGAACAACCCUUUCAUCAACAAGGUUACACAAUCCACUGCUAUUCAGAGAUCACUUUUUGGUUGUUUUGUUGGGUUUUGGUAAUCAAAUAUAGAACCAAGGCAAUAGGCAGCUCUCAGAUUCUUCUGGCACGUCGCCAUCAUCAGGCAGUAGUAAUACCUUUGUGUUUUUAUCCAUUUGUAAAUAUAGGCUUUUGACAGCAUUUGUUUUCACCUUCCAGUACAUU